CUUACAGAAAUCAAAGUGAAUGGCCUGGAGCAAUCAGUCAGUCGUGACUGAAUUCAUACUCAGCGGACUGCCUGGUUCUUCGGAAGUCCAAAUCAUCUACUUCCUGUUCUUCUCUGCAGUCUAUGCAGCCACUGUGCUGGGGAACAUCCUCAUUGUGCUCACGAUCACAUUAGAGCCACGCCUUCACUCCCCCAUGUACUUUCUGCUCGGCAAUUUGUCCUUCAUUGACAUGUCCCUGGCUUCUUUUGCCACUCCCAAAAUGACUGCAGACUUCCUCAGUGAGCACAAAGCCAUCUCUUUCGAAGGCUGCAUAACCCAGAUAUUCUUCCUGCAUCUCUUAGGAGGUGCUGAGAUUGUCCUGCUGAUUUCCAUGUCGUUUGAUAGGUAUGUGGCUAUAUGCAGACCUCUACGCUAUCUAACCAUCAUGAGUGGGAGAAUGUGCAUUGGGCUUGUGGCCCUUUCCUGGACUGUGGGAAUCUUCCAUGCUCUGAGCCAGUUAGCGUUUACUGUGAAUCUGCCCUUCUGUGGACCUAAUGAAGUAGACAGUUUCUUCUGUGACCUCCCUUUGGUGAUUAAACUUUCUUGUGUAGACACAUACAUUUUGGGAGUGUUCAUGAUCUCCACCAGUGGCAUGAUUGCCCUGGUAUGCUUCAUCCUCCUGGUGAUCUCCUACACUAUUAUUCUUGCCACUGUGCGGCAGAAUUCCUCUGCUGGCUCCUCCAAAGCCCUUUCCACCUGCAGUGCCCACUUUACUGUUGUAACCCUGUUCUUUGGUCCCUGCAUUUUCAUCUAUGUGUGGCCAUUCACCAACUUUCCAAUAGACAAAAUACUCUCCAUAUUUUACACUAUAUUCACUCCACUCUUGAACCCAGUCAUCUAUACUCUCAGAAAUAAAGACAUGAAAGAGUCCAUGAGAAAACUAAGCAGCCAUAUGUUUAAGUCUAGGAAAGGAUGCCAAACAUCUUAA